AUGCCAUCGACGGAAGAACGCUAGUCCUGUCCCGCUCAAGCCAUCUGCCCCGCCGUAAUUUUUUUAACUUUUGAAAUACUACCAUGAUCGUCAUCACCGUCGAGAAACCACUAGGCGUAUAAACCACUCGCCAUGGGCUUCAUCGAAGAAAACGAGGUCGUCGACCAUCCCGCCCCCACAGAACCGACCCCAGACAUGAUCGCGGAUGCCAUCAAGUCAUACUCUAUGGGCAAGGCCCCCACCACCAACCCCGCCUCGUCCACAACGGCGCCCCAGCUCCCACCGUCCAUGGAUGCCUACCGCAACCUCUCCUCCGCCGAGAUCCUCGCCGAUUUAAAUAAGACUCCCCUGUUCAUGACCGAGCUGGAGGACAACGACGAAAUCGAGGCCUUCAAAGCACUUGCCUACGAGGGCACACCGAGCGAGGUCUCCCAGAACUUCAAGGAGCAGGGCAACGACGUCUUCAAAUUACGGAGCUGGGCCGACGCGAAAGAGUUCUACUCUAAAGCUAUAACAGUACUACAGGCUGAGCAACGAAAGCGAGCCCAAGAGAAGACCCUACAAGAAGCAUCACCACAAGCCGACAGAACCGCACCACCCACCCUGAGCGCCGAGGACGAAGCCGAGAUAAAAGAACAACUAAAGCUCCUCGAAGCCUGCCUCGGCAACCGCUCAGCCUGCCACGUCCAGCUCAAGAACUACCGAUCCGCCACCCUCGACUGCGCGCAAGUCAUCCGCCUAAACCCCAAGAACAUCAAAGCCUUCUACCGCUCUGGAGUUGCCCUUCUCGCUCUCUCCAAGAUCCGUGAAGCAGACGACGCCUGCGCGCACGGUCUAGCGCUUGACCCAGAACACAAGGACCUCAAGCUCCUCGCCCAGCAAAUUAUUGAGAAGGCGGAGAUAGUCGACGCGAAGAGGCGGAAAGAGGAGGCUGCUGCGCUACGCGUGAAGCAGGAAGCAUAUGUCUUAAAAGCCGCGCUGAAGGCACGGGGGAUCCGCAUGCGUACUACGGAGCAGCCACCGGAGAUGGAGGAUGCGAAGGUGCGACUCGUGCCGGAUCCUGUGGACCCGACGAGUUCGUUGGUCUUCCCUACUGUGCUUCUGUACCCGCUCGUCUUGCAGAGUGAUUUUAUCAAGGAGUUUGGCGAGACUGAGACAGUGGGUGAGAGGUUAGGGUAUAUCCUUGAUGAGCAGGCGCCGUGGGAUAGGCAGCAUGAGUAUACCCCGAGGGGCGUGGAGUGCUACGCGGAGACUAUGACAGGCGGGCUUAUUAAGGUGGGACCGAAGGUGACGUUGCUGAAACUUCUUACGAGUGGAUCGGUGGAGGUGGUGGAUGAGGUUGUGAGGGUGUUUGUGGUUCCGAAGCAGAAAGCAGCAGAGUGGGUGGCGGAUUUCAAGAUGAAGAAGGCUGCGGAGAAGAAGACCUGAGAGGCAAGAUGGGGCCUAGUGUAUGAUGGCGGUGCCAGAAAUAGCUGUGUAUCGCAGCGUGAGCUGAGAUCAGUGUGUAGAGGGCUGGCCACUAUCGAGGAGGUUUGCCGGGCUACGCCAGAACUGCCCACAUACUCCGUUGAAGAUCCGGCGGGCGCAUGAGACAGAACAGAGUCAAAAGCCAGCGAAGGAGAGUUACUCUGCCGAUAUUAUCUCAGAGGUUCUUGCCGGACGUCCUCAUAGCCACACGCCCAGCCCAACCAAGCCAUAUUGCAUGGCUGUCUAGAAGCUGGUCAGUGGAGUAGAUGGCUUGUGCUGGUUGGUUCCAUGUAUGAACCAUGAUGGCAUCAAAUGAAGGAACAAGUGGGAGAACUCUGACGGAAGAUGAAUUCUGUUACAUCUAGAAUAUUUACUUGUGUUAUAUAUUUGUAACCAUCAAUACAACGUACUCGUCUAGAGCAUACGCCCCAAUAGAGACUUGCCCCCGUCAAGUUUGAACCGCACGGGUAGAUUAUCUCUAAAUCA